AUGUCCCGCGAACCGAGGAAUCCGGAGGUCGUUUCCAUCGAAGCGCUGAUUCUGGAGCGUUCCCGCCGUCGGCCCUCGUUUGGGGGCUCCUUGGUUGGCUCUGACACUGAUGGUAGAAGCCAGACUGAAGCCGUCGAUCGGCCAAGACCGUCACAAACAAAAUUGGAGCGCAAGUCCACGGAUAUCAGCGACACUGGCCUGAAAUUGGACGGGGACCACAUUCGGGCAAUAAGCAUGCGCCGAUCGCUGCGACAGUGGGGCUGGAUAUGGCGGCGGCCGAUGUAUCCUAUGUCUGACCAAGGCCGCAGAGAGCUUUUGAAGUGGUCGCAGCCGGCAUCGGGCUAUGAUGCCUUCUUGUCCCAUUCUUGGCAGACCUGGGGUUUCUGGAAGUACCUGGCACUUACCCUGCACUCCUGCAGACGUUGGCUGCUGCUUUGGUGGUCCUUGUGGGUUUCUGCGGCCUUCCUUGCGUCCUACGCUUUGGACCUACCCACCUACACCCAAAUCAGCCCGGAGACCCCCCGUUUCCACUGCCGCUGCGACACGGGGCCGUGGGUCGUAGUGACGGGCUUCGUCGCGAUGGUCACGGGACUGCUUUUGGCGCCUUACGCACCCGACUGCUGCA